CUUCACGUGGAGCGAGCUCUAAACACAACAUUGCAGACGAGCGACAGAACUAUUUAAGAAUUAAUAAAAACAAAUUAGUCCUGUUAAUUAGAGAACAGCAAGGCAGAAGAUAACACAAAAGAUGACUCGCCACGUCAAAGGAAAGAAACACCGAGGAGUUAAAAACCCAUAUGAACAACAAAAACUCCGGGAUGAGAAGGACAAGAUCAAUCGUGCCCCAAAGAAUGUCGACACACAGGAGAUUCCGAGGAAACUUCAGAUGAUUUCCAAAUACAUAAAUAAAGUUAAUUCUCCUUCAGCUACAAAGAAAGCUAAGAAGAAAGUGCUUUCCCCUGCCACUUUGAAGAAAGAAAAGAAAAGGAGAAAGGAAAGCAAGCACUUAAUUGAUGGAAGAAGGUUGGAUCUAGUAGAUAAAGAGCAACGAGGCAUGACCCGGCCAGUGCAGCGACUUCCUCUCCUCAAACAGGGAAGGCGAGAGAAAGACGAGAAGUUCUUGGCCAGAGUACAUGACACUAUACAGAUGGUGAAGCACGAGGUUGCCUUUGAGGAGAAGUUCAAGGUGGAGGUUGAGCGUGACAAGCAAGGCAAGGUGAAGAUGGUAAACCGGUGGGAGGACAUGGACCCAGUCGUGUCAGAGAAGCAUCAGAAGCUCCAGGAGAAGAGAAAAGAGAAGAAGAGACAGCGGAAUAAGGAAAGGGCGGAGAAGCUGAAGAUGAAGAAAAGGAAAAAAGAGGUCGAGCCAGAUAUGCUUUAUGAGAAGGAUGAAUUUGAAUUUGGAGAGGUGGUGUACGAGCCCCCAAGUCUGAACACUGAGAAGCUGUCGAAGAAGCUAAAUGAGGAUUCAGAUAAGAUGAAGAACUUCCUAUUCCUGGACAUGAUGAAAGACAAGAAAGACUCCUUGCCCAGCGCCUCCGAGCAGAAGGCCACGCCCUUGUCAAUGGCCAAGAGGAAGAUGCUGGAGCAAGAGAGGGAGCGAGUUGUCCAGGCGUAUCGUGAGAUGAAGGCCUCCAAGAAGCACAAGGUGUCCCUCAGUUAAUCAUCUGAAGGCUUUCUGGCCUUUUGUACGUGUGUGUGUGUAUGUGAGAAGAUCGGUGUACACAUUUUGUACGCUUUGCUGUAUGUAGACUUUUAGUUUGUUGAAAAUAUGAAAUGGUCUAUUUAUGUUCAAA